AUGGAAGAAGAAGUCAAAAAAAUAUAUAAAUCUCAGCAGAAUCAGCACAAUAUUGAAUUAACAACUUCAAUAUUUUAGUAAAUAGAUAUGCAGCCUGAGUUUGAAAAGAAAUCGAAAAGGAUAAUUAAAACACUGAAAGGAGGUUAUUAGUAAAGUACCUUAGUAAAAUACAUGACAAAUAAAAAUAGAGAAAGAAAGUUGUGAGUUCAAUAAACCAAAUAGAGAUCAAGAGUAAUUGUAGAAUAUGGGAAGAGAAUAAAGAGAAAGAAAAGUAAUUGCAAUUCAAGAGAGUAAUUGUUUAAUCGCCACUUAACUAGUAAAAUUCUGUAAUUUUACCUCUGCAAUUCAUUAACUAGCUUAACUUCUAAACUCUUACUUCCACAAAAUAAUUAGAAUUGAAAUCUAAAAAGAACACUGAGAUGACAGUAAAAAGUAGAAGAAUGCUGAUAACUAAAGUAAUUAUCCGGAGAAGUAACUAGAAUAAAUAUGUAAAUAACAAAAAUAGUCCUGCGAUUAAUGUGGACGUCCUUAUGAAAAUUUAAAUAGUUAUAAAACCCAUGUAUACCAUAAACAUGAAGGGUUACACCUUACGAAAAACAGAUAUAGUUAGAAUGGAAAGGGAGUUGUGGCUAGUUUGA